AUCUCAAUCGAACAUGAAUCGAUUCACUUGACACUUGACACGGCCGAAAUAUCAACGUCUCUGCUUUGCGUCUUUGUCGCCCUCAAGUCGCCCGAGUGUAGUCUAAAGGGCACAGGCCCAAUCAUGCCGCCGCCACCGCGACUGGCACUUUUCAUGCCAAGGCCAAUCGGCCUCUGGCCCAAGAUUCAAUCGUCUCACCGGCUCUGGGCGGCCACCACCCGUAGACCCAGCCAGUGGUCUCGCCCGGCUCCCGGAACCGCCCGGCUCUUCUCGUCGAGCGCCCCGAGACCAAGCCAGCCCCAGAUCCAAGCCCACAGCCCCGGACCCAGCAGCAGCAACCAACCACCACCACCACCACCACCACCACCACCACCAGGCGGCCAGCGGACCAACAAGCCCUUCCACCUCCGCCCCUCCACCUACGUCUUCCUCACCCUCGGCGUCCUCCUCGGCUCCGCCGCGCGCUUCCUCAUCAGCCCGCCCGCGCCGCCCACCCCGGGCAGCGCUGAGGACGCGGCGCGCCUGGCCCAGAUCCGCGCCGAGGCCGAGUCCCUCCCGGCGCUGCGCGCGCUGGCGGCGGACCCCAAGUGGACGCGGUCGUGGGACGCCUAUGCCUCCGUGCCGGAGGCCGCGCGCCCGCACCGCCUCACGUCGGGCGCGCUGGCCGGCAGCCGCGGGCUCGCGUUCCAGCGCGUCUUCCGGGCCGCCGACGACGACGGCACGGGGGAGACGGCCGCCGUCGUGUACCUGGGCGCGUCGACGGCCGGCUGGCCGGGCACCGUGCACGGCGGCGCGUCGGCGACGCUGCUGGACGAGAGCAUGGGCCGCUGCGCGCUCGCGGCGCUUCCCGGCCGGGCGGGCGUGACGGCGUCGCUGGAGCUGAGGUACGUGUGGCCCGUCGUGGCGGAUAGGUUCCACGUCGUGCGGUGCAGGCCGCUGCGGGAGGAGGAGUUGGCGCCCGGGGAGAGGGGGAAGAGGGACCGCAAGGUUUGGGUGGUGGCCACGGUGGAGGACCUGAAGGGGACCGUGUGCGUCGAGGCCAAGGCGCUGUUCGUCGCACCGAGGGGGAUCAAGCUGGCGCCGCUCGGUGAUGAGUUUUGAGCCACUGGGGGUUAGUGGAGAAGUUGGUGUAGAGCUCGAGGGCGUUGACAAUGCCGGGAGAGGUUUCACGGGCUACAAGGAUAAGUCGUUGUUUAUUUCUAUCAUUCUUGGUUUUUGUUUUGGCCUGUCCUGUUCAAGACACCGUCUUGGAAUUCCUUCCGGGCCGUCCGUUCCAUCCAUUAAGGCCGCGUGUUCCAUCUAGGAAUGUGCCAGCCCGCGUCCCGCAAGAAAAAGAAGAGGCACAAAAAGCAAAGGCACAAACAAGAACGAAGGCCAACUACCUGUCGCCAGGGGAAAGCGACCAGGCAUCAACCGUUCCAGUCCCCAUGGCAUAAAGAUGGAUC